UUUGUGCGGAGCAAGGUGGCCUCCACGUUCCCAGAGCGUCUUCUUCGCUUCUGUCUCGACCGUCCCUUGAUCACAAACAUGUCUCGGGAUCGGUUCCGGAGUCGUGGCGGUGGCGGAGGCGGCUUUCAUCGGCGCGGAGGCGGCGGCGGUCGCGGUGGCCUCCACGACUUCCGCUCCCCGCCGCCCGGCAUGGGCCUCAAUCAGAACCGCGCACCCCUGGGGCCUGGUCCAGGCCAGGGUGGCCCUAAGCCUCCGAUCCCGCCGCCGCCUCCGCAUCAAGUGCAGCAGCAACAGCAACAGCAGCAGCAGCAGCAGGCACCAUCGCAGCAACCUCCGCCACAGCAGCCGCCACCGCCGCCGCAUCAGCAGCCGCACCAACAGCCACAUCAGCCACCGCCGGCACAGGACUCUUCCAAGCCCGUCAUUCCUCAGGGACCCGGCCCGGCUUCAGUAGGGAGCGCUCCGCCAGCUUCGGGCUCCGCGCCUCCUGCCACUCCUCCGACCUCUGCGGCUUCUUCAGGACCAGGGCCCACCCCGACUCCACCGCCGGUGGUCAGCGCGGCCGCACCCGGGGCGCCUCCGCCCACUCCGCCGAGCAGUGGGGUCUCCACCACCCCUCCUCAGAGCGGCGGGCCGCCGCCCCCACCCGCAGGCGUCCCGGGGCCCGGGCCUAAGCAGGGCCCUGGGCCUGGCGGCCCCAAAGGCGGCAAGAUGCCAGGCGGCCCGAAGCCCGGCGGUGGCCCGGGUCUCGGCACUCCCGGCGGCCAUCCCAAGCCGCCGCACCGCGGCGGAGGCGAGCCGCGCGGAGGCCGGCAGCACCACAUUCCCUACCACCAGCAGCACCACCAGGGGCCCCCGCCCGGCAGACCAGGUGGUCGCAGCGAGGAGAAGAUCUCCGAUUCCGAGGGGUUUAAAGCCAACUUGUCUCUCUUGAGGCGGCCUGGAGAGAAAACAUACACACAGCGCUGUCGGCUUUUUGUUGGCAAUCUACCUGCAGAUAUCACAGAGGAGGAGUUCAAAAGACUGUUUGCUAAAUACGGAGAACCUGGAGAAGUUUUUAUCAACAAAGGCAAAGGAUUUGGAUUUAUUAAACUUGAGUCUAGAGCAUUGGCAGAAAUUGCCAAAGCUGAACUUGAUGACACCCCCAUGAGGGGCAGGCAGCUUCGUGUUCGCUUUUCCACACAUGCUGCUGCACUUUCAGUUCGUAAUCUUUCACCGUAUGUUUCUAAUGAACUGUUGGAAGAAGCCUUUAGCCAAUUUGGUCCUAUUGAAAGGGCUGUUGUAAUUGUGGAUGACCGUGGAAGAUCCACAGGGAAAGGAAUUGUAGAAUUCGCUUCUAAACCAGCUGCAAGAAAAGCAUUUGAAAGAUGCAGCGAAGGUGUUUUCUUACUGACGACAACUCCUCGUCCAGUCAUUGUGGAACCACUUGAACAGUUAGAUGAUGAAGAUGGUCUUCCUGAAAAACUUGCACAGAAGAACCCAAUGUAUCAAAAGGAGAGAGAAACACCACCUCGUUUUGCCCAGCAUGGUACCUUUGAGUAUGAAUAUUCUCAGCGCUGGAAAUCCUUGGAUGAAAUGGAAAAACAACUGAGGGAACAAGUUGAAAUAAAGGUGAAAGAUGCAAAGGACAAAUUAGAAAGUGAAAUGGAAGAUGCUUAUCAUGAGCAUCAAGCAAAUCUUUUGCGCCAAGAUCUGAUGAGACGUCAGGAAGAAUUAAGACGCAUGGAAGAACUUCAUAAUCAAGAAAUGCAGAAACGUAAAGAAAUGCAGUUGAGGCAAGAGGAAGAACGACGUAGAAGAGAAGAAGAGAUGAUGAUUCGCCAGCGUGAGAUGGAAGAACAAAUGAGACGCCAAAGAGAGGAAAGUUACAGCCGAAUGGGCUACAUGGAUCCAAGAGAGAGAGACAUGAGAAUGGGUGGUGGAGGAGCAAUGAACAUGGGAGAUCCCUAUGGUUCAGGAGGCCAGAAAUUUCCACCUCUAGGUGGAGGUGGUGGCAUAGGUUAUGAAGCCAAUCCUGGAGUUCCACCGGCAACCAUGAGUGGUUCCAUGAUGGGAAGUGACAUGCGUACUGAGCGCUUUGGGCAGGGAGGUGCGGGGCCUGUGGGUGGACAGGGUCCUAGAGGAAUGGGACCUGGAACUCCAGCAGGAUAUGGUAGAGGGAGAGAAGAGUAUGAAGGCCCUUACAAAAAACCCCGAUUUUAGACGUGCUAUCAAGGCUUUCAUUCCAGUUUGUUUUGUCUUCUUGUUUAGAUACCAAUCUUUUAAAUUCUUGCAUUUUAGUAAGAAAGCUACGUUUUUAUGGAUGUUAGCAGUUUAUUGACCUAAUAUUUGUAAAUGGUCUGUUUAGGCAGGUAAAAUUAUGUAAUGCAGUGUUUGAAACUGGGGGGGAUUUUUUUUUUUAACUGUAUAAUGUCCCUCAAGUUAUGGCAGUGUACCUUGUGCCACUGAAUUUCCAAAGUGUACCAUUUUUUUUUUACUGUGCUUCGAAUAAAUAGAAAAUAGUUAUAAUACUGAUCUUCAACCUUGCCGUUAAUGCUUCUGUGCACAUUAGGCUAGGUAUUCCACUUGGAAAGCAUGAGAGUGUCUAGGCCUUUGAAUGGCAUAUGCCAUUUCUGGGAAAUUUAUUGGAGGUUAAGUACUACUUUCUUUAAAUAACUAUCUGCUUGUUUUCAAAAGUGUACAUUUUGAAGCCAUUCAUGAUUUGUUUGGCAUUAUAGGGAGCAAACUGGUGCUAAGUAUUUUUAAAUGGUUAAAUGGUCUGACUGUAAAUCUGAUUUAGUUAAUUGUAUUAAGAUAACAGAAUGGAUGUCAGAACCAUUAGUAAGGGGAAGACUGGGUUUGGCUAAAUGGCCCUUUAUUGGCCAUGAGCUGUCCUUUUGCUUGAAAGCUUUUGAAGAAAAAGUGGAAAGAUAAUUCUGUUGCAUUCCCCUAUAUUGUUUUAAGAGAAUAACAAAUCUCAAGCCCUACAUAUGGCUUGUAUUGAAC